AGACAGAAACAGGAAGAAAGAGAAUGAAGAGAGGAGAGGGAAGAAAUUUGAAGAAACAGCAAAGAAGGUUUCUAUUUUGAUGCCUUCUCUUUUACUGUAUGUAAUGUGAGUCAUGUCACUUCCCAUCACCUAACACUGAUAAUUCCAGGUCUUCUUAUUAACCCCACCAUUUGCCUCUCCUCAGAAUUUCAUGUGCCUCUUGUGUUCUCCAAUUCCCUCCAACUGCAUCACUUUUCUGUGACCUCCUCCUUCAUUUUGUUCAGUGAAGAAAGGGGGGAGGGGGUCUCAGAAUUUCCAUUUCAGGUUGGAAUCAGACACCCUUUGGAGCAAUUGAGAAAACCCACAAGGCAAAAUCUCACAUUGGUAAAGAUUAUGACAAUGGGUCUGAACUUGUGGUGCUCCAAUGGCUUCACACCCAAGAGGGUUUUGGGAGCAUAAGAGAUCUAGUGCUUAAGUUGCUUCAGGGUCUGCAAAGAAUUUGAGUUGUGAACAGAUUUGUUUGGCAGCAGCAAAAUGGCAUCUGAUCUGAAUUCGGGGUUGUCCAAAAAAACUUUUGUUUUUGGAUUGAAAGUGUGGGUACUAAUGGGAAUAAUAGUUGGGUUAUUCAUCAUAAUCAUUCUUGUCGUGCUAUCAAUAUGUCUUACUUUAAGAAAGAAGUUCAGAAGAAUAAAUGGCAUGCUUCCACUUAGCCAUGUGUUAUCUGUUUCGGAAGAGAUAAAAGAAAUCAGAGUUGAUCAAGUUUCAGCAAGUAAUCAUCCACAAAAUGGUGCUUUUAAGAGUCUGAAUGAGAAAUUUGGUGACAGGGAGUCUGAGAAGGUUUUGGUCCAAACUAAGAAUGCGGACAAUAGUAGUCAAUCAGGCUCGUUUAAUCAUUUAGAGAAAGAUGCUAACGGCUCUCAAUCAGGCGAAGAAAGCGGUGUUAAGAGCAUUUCUACUUACAGGUCUUCUUCGCAUCCUAUAACCGCGCCGUCCCCGUUGUCUGGGCUGCCUGAAUUCUCACACCUUGGCUGGGGCCACUGGUUUACCUUAAGGGACCUUGAACUCGCAACAAAUAGGUUUUCAAAAGACAAUGUUAUUGGUGAAGGAGGAUAUGGAAUUGUUUAUCAAGGUCAGUUAAUCAAUGGGAAUCCUGUGGCCAUAAAGAAGCUCCUCAAUAAUUUAGGACAAGCUGAAAAGGAAUUCAGGGUGGAAGUUGAGGCUAUUGGUCAUGUGCGGCAUAAGAACUUGGUUCGACUUUUGGGCUAUUGCAUUGAAGGAACUCAUAGGUUGUUGGUUUAUGAGUAUGUUAACAAUGGCAACUUAGAGCAGUGGCUUCAUGGAGCGAUGCGGCAGCAUGGAUUUCUUACCUGGGAUGCUCGGAUAAAAAUUCUCCUCGGAACAUCCAAAGCGCUGGCUUAUUUGCAUGAGGCAAUUGAACCAAAAGUUGUGCAUCGAGAUAUUAAAUCGAGCAAUAUUUUAAUUGAUGAGGACUUUAAUGCCAAGAUAUCAGACUUUGGGCUGGCUAAGUUACUUGGUGCUGGAAAAAGUCAUAUUACCACUAGAGUUAUGGGUACUUUUGGAUAUGUUGCUCCAGAAUAUGCCAAUUCUGGCUUGCUAAAUGAGAAGAGUGAUGUAUAUAGCUUUGGGGUAUUGCUCCUUGAGGCAAUUACAGGAAGAGACCCUGUGGAUUAUAGCCGACCAGCCGCUGAGGUAAAUUUGGUUGACUGGCUCAAGAUGAUGGUAGGGUGUCGGCGAUCAGAGGAGGUGUUGGACCCGAACAUUGAGACGAGGCCAUCCACAAGUGCCCUUAAACGAGCCCUCUUGACUGCUUUGAGGUGUGUUGAUCCAGAUUCUGAAAAAAGACCAAGGAUGAGCCAAGUUGUCCGCAUGCUCGAAUCAGAGGAAUAUCCUAUACCACGAGAGGAUCGAAGACGCCGAAGGAGUCAGGCAGGAAACAUGGAGGUGGACACUCAGAGGGAGAAUUCUGAUACAGAUAAGAGUGACAAUCCAGAUUAUAAGCCCAAUGGCAGAAGGAACCAUCACGUGUAGUGCCGGGGAUCUCACAGAAUUUCCAGAACGAAGAACACAAGUGAACUGGGAAGUUUUGCAUUCUUUUGAGCUUCUGAUGCCUGCCACUAUUCACAUGAAAAACAUGGAGCAGGAACCAGUUACUUUGGGAUGGUUUAUAUAUAUACCUAUUUGUUGUUAUAACUUAUAACUUAGCUUUAGAUGUUAGAAUGUAGAUUACUGUGUAUGAAAGUAUGGGAUUGAACAACUCCCUUGCACAAAUGGUGGUGUGUACAGUUCAUUACUAUUCUUUCCUUUUGUCUUUUCAUUUGUUUCAUUGUCAUCAGAAAAGGAUAAGCUGCUUGUUCAUAAUUGCAGUGCAAGAAUUUGAUUUCU